CUCCUAAAGUGCUGGGAUUACAGGUGUGAGCUGCCAUACUAAUUUUUUAAAGCAUGAUUUUAUGUCCUGGUGGUAGCUAUGCAAUUUUGCACGGUGAUAUUUCAUGGAAAGGAAGUUGUGGUUUUGAUAGGAUGCUUCCAAGGUUGUGUUUUUAAUACUUUUGGUGAAUUCUGUUACUUGUGUCUGUUCAAAAGGACAGAGGUUGGGAGAUCUGUCUCUUCAUUUUAUCUUCACUCCCUGUUUGGUGCUUUGUGAAGUCAGGCCAAAUAAAAUAGCUGAAGGUACUAUCAUAUAACUCCCAAUAUUAUAGCAAAAAGAGAAUCAGAGGAAAAUAUUCAGCUAUUUCUUUUUUAGCAUUUUUACUAAUUGUGUUAUUAAAAAGGGGCAAAUAGAGCAGGAAUUAAAAGAGAAUGAAAAUCAGAGGACAGGACUACACAUUAGCAUCUUGCAGACCUUAGCUGCUCAUGAUUUAUACAUGCUUCAGAAAUUAUCAAAGCAUGAGGCACAGUCUGUGUCCCCACCUUCCCCAUUUUCACCAAGCACUUCUGCAACACCUAAACACUGAUCUUUUCAGCAGGCACAAAUAAAACUCUCCUCCGGGCAGAAGGUGUGUGAUGACUCACGGCAACCAGAAAGGGGAUGUGUAACUCAGGGGCUGUGCAGUCUCUGGGCUUCUAGACCGACAUCCCUCCGUCUUCUGGGCCACUGUUCUUUCUGUUGUACUUCAGCAAUCCCUGCAGGACCUGCGUGUUGAACAAAUAAGGCCAGGAAUAAAUUGUCAGUAGGAGCACCUGACAUCUUGUCUUUAAAAUACUAAUUUCCUGAGACGUCAUUCUACAGCUGCUCAGCACAGAUUGGCUAUUUCUCAUCUAUAUGUUCAACUUAUAUUUUAUUUUCAUUUUAUUCUUGAUAUGCAGACGUACUUUUCUCUGAUGUAUAAUUAUAUUGCAUAGCAAACUUUGCACUAUGUCAAUAAGGAGAUGUAACCUAUAUGCAAAUGCAGACACCUGCAGAGUCUCUGUAUGAAUAAAUCCUUACCUUUAUGUGAUAAGCUAUGCUAAUGAUAAGAAACACAUGGAUCAACAUAAACUAUAAUUUUUUGAAAAACGUUUGAGCAUAGACAUUUUUCCAGCUUAUUUAUCUCUGUGAUAAUGUGUUCUUUCGGCAGAUACUAAUUUUGGAUUCUAUUCCUUGAACACAAACCAGUUAAUAUACACAGAGAAUAUUCUAAGUGCAUGCUAGGCACCCAAGGACUGCCAGUUUGUAAGAAAUUUUGUAAUGGCUAACUCAUAUAAGUGAUCAAAUGUUGACGGAACGAGGAACACAUGUGUUGUGAAUAAAUCAUAUUCUUCAGAAUACCUUGAGUUUUGGCCUGCCUCCCACAGGAACCUCCCUCCAGCUUUUCUUGAGGUCUCACUGGACCCAGUCCAGCCCUGCACUGGAGAUGCCUCUCCCUGAGAAAGGACAUUUUUGGCCCAGCUUGCCUGUCACUGAAGCUCCUUAGUGGGCAGGGUGGAGACAGGGCUGUGCACCCUGCCGGGCUGAGUGUGCUCCUUCAGAGGAAGCAUUUCUAAACUCUGCAAUUGCCAACAGCCCUGGCAGCUUCUCUUUCUUCCUCAGAAAGAAAAUACAAAGAGUUAGCUUUAGUUCUGAGUUGGAAAAAGAGGCCCUUGCGGAACAUGUCAUUGAUGGACUGGGCAGUUUCCUUUAGAGGCUUAGGUGAUGGUUUUUCUCCAAGUCACCCAAAAGGGUAUUCUUCCAUUUGAUACACAUGGAGGACAGAGACUCGAGUAUAAGUGUAAUGCCUUGUUCUCAAUCAGCUAACAAAUAAUGAUCAAUGAGUUGCCGUUCACAAGAGCACCAUGAAGCUUACAAAAAGAAGACAGAGAAAAAUCCUACCUUUAUAGAGGUUAUCACAUUCCACUCGGGGAGAUGACACCUAUUUUAGGAUAAGGAAUAAAAUGAUUAGUAACCUGAGGAAAAGGAGUUUAAAAACCAUAGGUGUUCACAUGCAAAAACAAAACAGAAAAACCUUCUGAUUGGGCAAGUUGUAGAAUAAGGGGACGAAAGAAAGUCACAGAAAAAGUAGGAUCUGAGCUGCUCUCGGGGGGUCUGGCUUAAAUGUGGACACGUGGAGUGGAAAUACAGGCUCUCAGAGAGGAAGUGAGAAGCUCACUAGCUGCUUCAGUGUACACGAGGGGAGAAGUAGAAAUGAACUUGGAAAAGCAUGCUGCGGCCAGAUUGUGAAGAUCUUAAACAUCAAAUAAAGAAUUUCGAAGAUUUUCAGUACGUAGGAGCCAAUGAAGGUAUUUCUCACUUUGCUGUGAAAGGAAGAAAGAACACGCCUGAGCCCAAGGGCCCUGAGGAGCCCUCCAGCGCCUGUGGGAAGUCUCCAUGGUGAAGUAUAGGCUGAGGCUACCUGUGAACAGUACACAGUGAAUGUUCAUCCAGAGCUGCGUCUGGCAGAUCGCCCCCACGGGGAGAUGAUUCCUCAUGAAGAGCCUGGAUCCCCUACAGAAAUCAAAUGUGACUUUCCGUUUAUCAGACUAAAACCAGAGUCAGCCAGACAGUGAAACAGUCACCGUGGAGGGGGGACGGCGAAAAAUGAAAUCCAACCAAGAGCGGAGCAAUGAAUGCCUGCCUCCCAAGAAGCGCGAGAUCCCCGCCACCAGCCGGUCCAGCGAGGAGAAGGCCCCCGCCCUGCCCAGCGACAACCACCGGGUGGAGGGCGCAGCAUGGCUGCCGGGCAACCCUGGUGGCCGGGGCCCUGCGGGCGGGAGGCACGGGCCGGCCGGGACCUCGGCGGAGCUUGGUUUACAACAGGGAAUAGGUUUACACAAAGCAUUGUCCACAGGGCUGGACUACUCCCCGCCCAGCGCGCCCAGGUCUGUCCCCGUGGCCACCACGCUGCCCGCCGCGUAUGCCACCCCACAGCCAGGGACCCCGGUGUCUCCCGUGCAGUAUGCUCACCUGCCGCACACCUUCCAGUUCAUUGGGUCCUCCCAGUACAGCGGGACCUACGCCAGCUUCAUCCCGUCACAGCUGAUCCCCCCAACCGCCAACCCCGUCACCAGUGCAGUGGCCUCGGCCGCAGGGGCCACCACUCCAUCCCAGCGCUCCCAGCUGGAGGCCUAUUCCACUCUGUUGGCCAACAUGGGCAGUCUGAGCCAGGCGCCGGGACACAAGGCUGAGCAGCAGCCGCAGCAGCCGCCACCGCCGCAGCAGCACCUCAGCAGGGCUCCGGGGCUCAUCAGCCCGGGGUCCCCCCCACCCGCCCAGCAGAGCCAGUACGUCCACAUUUCCAGUUCUCCGCAGAGCACCGGCCGCACCGCCUCUCCUCCAGCCAUCCCCAUCCACCUCCACCCCCAUCAGACGAUGAUCCCACACACGCUCACCCUGGGGCCCCCCUCCCAGGUCGUCAUGCAAUACGCCGACUCCGGCAGCCACUUUGUCCCUCGGGAGGCCACCAAGAAAGCCGAGAGCAGCCGGCUUCAGCAGGCCAUCCAGGCCAAGGAGGUCCUGAACGGUGAGAUGGAGAAGGGCCGGCGGUAUGGGGCCCCAUCCUCGGCCGACCUGGGUCUGGGCAAGGCGGGUGGCAAGUCGGUCCCUCACCCGUACGAGUCCAGGCACGUGGUGGUCCACCCGAGCCCCUCCGACUACAGCAGUCGCGACCCCUCGGGGGUCCGGGCCUCUGUCAUGGUCCUGCCCAACAGCAGCACGCCAGCGGCCGACCUGGAGGUGCAGCAGGCCACUCAUCGCGAGGCCUCCCCCUCCACCCUCAACGACAAAAGCGGCCUGCACUUAGGGAAGCCGGGCCACCGGUCCUACGCGCUCUCGCCCCACACGGUCAUUCAGACCACACACAGUGCUUCAGAGCCACUGCCGGUGGGACUGCCAGCCACAGCCUUCUACGCGGGGACUCAACCCCCUGUCAUCGGCUACCUGAGCGGCCAGCAGCAAGCGAUCACCUACGCCGGCAGCCUGCCCCAGCACCUGGUGAUCCCCGGCACACAACCCCUGCUCAUCCCGGUUGGCAGCACUGACAUGGAAGCGUCGGGGGCAGCUCCCGCCAUCGUCACGUCGUCCCCCCAGUUUGCUGCAGUGCCUCACACGUUCGUCACCACCGCCCUUCCCAAGAGCGAGAACUUCAACCCGGAGGCCCUGGUCACCCAGGCCGCCUACCCUGCCAUGGUGCAGGCCCAGAUCCACCUGCCCGUGGUGCAGUCCGUGGCCUCCCCCGCGGCGGCUCCGCCCACGCUUCCUCCCUACUUCAUGAAAGGCUCCAUCAUCCAGUUGGCCAACGGGGAGCUAAAGAAGGUAGAAGACUUAAAAACAGAAGAUUUCAUCCAGAGCGCAGAGAUAAGCAACGACCUGAAGAUCGACUCCAGCACGGUGGAGAGGAUCGAAGACAGCCAUAGUCCGGGCGUGGCCGUGAUACAGUUCGCCGUUGGGGAGCACCGAGCCCAGGUCAGCGUUGAAGUUUUGGUAGAGUAUCCUUUUUUUGUGUUUGGACAGGGCUGGUCUUCCUGCUGUCCGGAGAGAACCAGCCAGCUCUUUGAUUUGCCGUGCUCCAAACUCUCAGUUGGGGAUGUCUGCAUCUCGCUUACCCUCAAGAACCUGAAGAACGGCUCUGUUAAAAAGGGCCAGCCCGUGGAUCCCGCCAGCGUCCUGCUGAAGCACUCAAAGGCCGACGGCCUGGCGGGCAGCAGACACAGGUAUGCCGAGCAGGAAAACGGAAUCCACCAGGGGAGUGCCCAGAUGCUGUCUGAGAAUGGCGAACUGAAGUUUCCAGAGAAAAUGGGAUUGCCCGCAGCACCCUUCCUCACCAAAAUUGAACCCAGCAAGCCUCCGGCCACGAGGAAGAGGAGGUGGUCGGCGCCGGAGAGCCGCAAACUGGAGAAGUCAGAAGACGAACCACCUUUGACUCUUCCUAAGCCUUCUCUAAUUCCUCAGGAGGUUAAGAUUUGCAUUGAAGGCCGGUCUAAUGUAGAGCAACUGCCACAUGCGGGAUUUCAUUUCUGCUUUACUAGUGCAGUGAUGUCACCAGGGUGUCGUGGUGGACAGGGAAGCCCCUGCUGUCAUGGCUCCACGUGGGGUAAGGGGGUUUGGGGGUGGGGGCGGGGAGAGAACACCCACGCUGGUUUCUGUGCAGUGUUAGAAAAACCAAUCAGGUUACUGCACUGACUUCACUCCCAAGAGGUAGAUGCAAACUGCCCUUCCGUGAGAGCAACGGAAGCUCUUCACGAUGAGUUUGCAAAAUCUUUGUCUUUUAACUCUAGUACUGUUUAUAGUUCAUGACUAUGGACAACUCGGGUGCCACUUUUUUUUUUUUUCAGAUUCCAGUGUGACAUGAGGAAUUAGAUUUUGAAGAUGAGCAUAUAUUACUAUCUUUAAACAUUUAAAAAUACUGUUCACACUUUAUUACCAAGCAUCUUGGUCUCUCAUUCAACAAGUACUGUAUCUCAUUUUAAACUCUUUGGGAAGAGGAAAAAAAAAAAAAAAAAACUAAGUUGCUUUCUUUUUUUUUCAACACUGUAACUACAUUUCAGCUCUGCAGAAUUGCUGAAGAGCAAGAUAUUGAAAGUUUCAAUGUGGUUUAAAGGGAUGAAUGUGAAUUAUGAACUAGUAUGUGACAAUAAAUGACCACCAAGUACUACCUGACGGGAGGCACUUUUCACUUUGAUGUCUGAGAAACAGUUACAGGCAUAUGCAGAGUGGGCAGAGAAACUGAGGAAAGGGAUGGAGAAGAGAAUACUCAUUUUUGUCCAGUGUUUUUCUUUUUAAGAUGAACUUUUAAAGAACCUUGCGAUUUGCACAUCUUGAGUUUGUAAUUUGUGUGAUAUUCCUGCAGUUUUUAUCCAAUAACAUUGUGGGAAAGGUUUGGGGGACUGAACGAGCAUAAAUAAAUGUAGCAAAAUUUCUUUCUAACCUGCCUAAACUCUAGGCCAUUUUAUAAGGUUAUGUUCCUUUGAAAAUUCAUUUUGGUCUUUUUACCACAUCUGUCACAAAAAGCCAGGUCUUAGUGGGCUCUUAGAAACUCUGAGAAUUUUCUUCAGAUUCACCGAGUUUUCCAUAAAAACAUUUAUAUAUGUGAGCAAGAUUUUUUUAAAAAACAAUUACUUUAUUAUUGUUAUUAGUGUUAUUUUCAGAAUGACUUUUUUUUUCUAUUCAAAAUCAAAUCAAGAUUUAAUGUUUGGUACAAACCCAGAAAGGGUAUUUCAUCGUUUAAACCUUUCAUUCCCAGAGAUCUGAAAUAUCAUUUGUGGGUUUUGAGUGCAUCUUUAAAGUGCUUUAAAAAAAACGUUUUAUAAGUAGGGAGAAAUUUUUAAAUAUUCUUACUUGGAUGGCUGCAGCGAACCUGAACAAAUCCAUACCAGAUUUUUCUUUUACCCCCCUGAAAAUAGUACUUCCUUCAUCUCACAAAUUAAAAAACAAAAAUCUGACAUCAGCCCACAUUUUGGCUAUCUAGUAUUCAUUUACAUUUAGUGCUCAGCAGGACUAAUGAUUUUUAUAAACCAUUUUCUGGGGUGUACCAAAAACAUCUGAAUAGGUUUAGAAUAGCUAGAAUAGUUCCUUGACUUUCCUGGAACUUCAUUACCCUCUCAGCAUGCUUGCAGAGAGGCGGGUGGGUUCAUUCUUGCGGUCAGACUGCUUAGUUAGUGCUGUAUUUUUUAAACGUUUCUGUUCAGAGAACUUGCUUAAUCUUCCAUAUAUUCUGCUCAGGGCACUUGCAAUUAUUAGGUUUUGUUUUUCUUUUUGUUUUUUAACCUUUGAUGGUAAGAGGAAUACGGGCUGCCACACAGACUUUGUUCUCGUUAGUAUCACUAUUGACAACUCAUGUGGACUCAGAGAAACACACACCACCUUUUGGCUUACUUCGAGUAUGGAACUGACUGGAUCCACUAAACCAACACUAAGAUGCGAAAACACACGUGGUUUGGAGCAAUAGGAUCAUCAUCAUCAUUUUUGUGGUUCUAUUUCAGGUAUAGGAAUUAUAAAAAUAAUUGGUUCUUUCUAAGCACUUGUCCCAUUUCAUUCUCUUGCUUUUUUAGCAUGUGCAAUACUUUCUGUGCCAAUAGAGUCUGACCAGUGUGCUCUAUAGUUAAAGCUCAUUCCCUUUCCGCUUCUUCCUUGUUUGGUUGAUCUUCCCCAUUCUGGCCAGAGCAGGGCUGGAGGGAAGGAGCCGGCAGGGAGAGCACCUCCCACCUUUCCCUUGCUGCAGAUGCUGAGUGCUGGGGCGGGCAGCCUUCAGGAGCCCCGUGCGUCUGCCGCUGCGUUGCAGAAAAAGCCAGCCAAGGAGACCUGGGGGAGGAGCCGCAGUGUCCCCUGUCACCACACGGAAUAGUGAAUGUGGAGUGUGGAGAGGAAGGAGGCAGAUUCAUUUCUAAGACGCACUCUGGAGCCAGGUAGCCUGGAGUCAACCCAUUUUCCACGGUCUUUUCUGCGAGCGGGUAGGCCCCCUCCUCGGAGUCUGUGUCCUUGAGACUUGGAGCCCUGCCUCUGAGCCUGGACAGGAAGUAUGGCCUGUUGUGUGUGUGUGUUCUGAGCGGGCUGGCCAGUGGCUGUGGAGGGGACCACCUGCCAACCACGGUCACCACUCCCUGUGGUAGCUUUCUCUUCAAAUAGGAAGAAUGCACAGAGGGCAGGAGCCUCCUGUUUGCAGACGCUGGUGAGCCCCGAGGCUCCCAGAGCAGCCUCUGUCACCGCUUCUGUGUAGCAAACAUUAACGAUGACAGGGGUAGAAAUUCUUCGGUGCCGUUCAGCUUACAAGGAUCAGCCAUGUGCCUCUGUACAAUGUCCACUUUGCAAUAUUUACUGACAGCCGUCUUUUGUUCUUUCUUUCCUGUUUUCCAUUUUUAAACUAAUAACAGCAGGCCUUUUGCGUUUACAGUGGAACACAAUCACCAAGAAAUUAGUCAGGGCGAAAAGAAAAAAUAAUAUUAAUAAGAAACCAACAAACAAGAACCUCUCUUUCUAGGGAUUUCUAAAUAUAUAAAAUGACUGACUGUUCCUUAGAAUGUUUAACUUAAGAAUGAUUUCAGUUUGUCUGGGCCACACUGGGGCAGAGGGGGGAGGGAGGGAUACAGAGAUGGAUGCCACUUACCUCAGAUCUUUUAAAGUGGAAAUCCAAAUUGCAUUUUCAUUUGGACUUUCAGGAUAAUUUUCUAUGUCGGUCAAUUUUUCGUUUUCCCUAACUCACCCCGUUUAGUUUGGGCUGAUUUGAUUUUUGUCGUCGAUCCCGUUUCUCACUCAGAAUUGUGAGCCUCUAUGUUUUCUGUUAGGUGAGUGUGUUGGGUUUCCCCCACCCCACCAGGAAGUGGCAGCAUCCCUCCUUCUCCCCUAAGGGGCUCUGCGGAACCUUUCACACCUCUUACUCAGGGACGGGGCUGGUGUGUGUGUGGUACACUGAUGUGUCCAGAAGCAGCACUUUGACUGCUCUGGAGUAGGGUUGUACAAUUUCAAGGAAUGUUUGGAUUUCCUGCAUCUUGUGGAUUACUCCUUAGAUACCGCAUAGAUUGCAAUAUAAUGCUGCAUGUUCAAGAUGAACAGUAGCUCCUAGUAAUCAUAAAAUCCACUCUUUGCACAUAGUUUGAUCUUUACUGAAAUAUGUUGCCAAAAUUUAUUUUUGUUGUUGUAGCUCUGGAUUUUGUUUUGUUUUUUAAGGAAAUGAUUGACAAUACCCUUUUAACAUCUGUGACUACUAAGGAAACCUAUUUCUUUUAUAGAAAAAUCUCCAGUGCUUUUGAAGACACUAAUGUCAUGCUAUUUCAGAUAUGGGUGAGGAGGCUGAGCUCUCGGACCGAAGGCCAGGCUUCUUGAGCUGUGCUGGUUGUCAUGGCUACUGUUUCAGGAACCAUAAGCAGCUCAGCAGACUGGUCUGUUGUCUUCUGAAACUCUUUGCACUUCAAUUUGCACCAGGUGAAAACAGGGCCGGUAGACUCCGUGGCCCAAUUCAGUUUCUUCCGUGGUGAUACGAAAGGAAACAGAAUUACAUUUUUUUUUUUUUUUGUAAGCGGAGUGGAGGCCUUUGCUUCCACAUUUGUUUUUAACCCAGAAUUUCUGAAAUAGAGAAUUUAAGAACACAUCAAGUAAUAAACACACGGAGAAUAUACUUUUUUAUAAAGCACAUGCAUCUGCUAUUGUGUUAGGUUGGUUUCCUCUCUUUUCCACGGACAGUGUUGUAUUUCUGGCAUAGGGAAACUCCAAACAACUUGCACACCUCUACUCCGGAGCUGAGAUUUCUUUUACAUAGAUGACCUCGCUUCAAAUAUGUUACCUUACUGAUAGGAUCUUUUCUUGUAGCACUAUAUCUUGUGGGGAUUUUUUUUUUUUUUAAUGUACACCUAAUUUGAGAAGCUGAAGAAAACAAAAUUUUGAAGCACUCACUUUGAGGAGUACAGGUAAUGUUUUAAAAAAUUGCACAAAAGAAAAGUGAAUGUCGAAAUGAUUCAUUCAGUGUUUGAAAGAUAUGGAUCUGUUGAAACAAUGAGUUUCAUACUUUGUUUGUAAAAAAAAAAAAAUUAAAAAGCAGAGAAGGGUUGAAAGUUACAUGUUUUUUUUGUACAUAGAAAUUUGUCAUGUCUAAAUGAUCAGAUUUGUAUGGUUACGGCCACGAAGAAUUACUACGUAAAAGGCUCUUAAACUAUACCUAUGCUUACUGUUGUUUUUGUUACACAUGGCCCUCGUCUGAGGGAGGGGAACUCGUAUUCUGCUAUUUGAGAAUACUGUUCAUUCCUAUGCUGGAAGUACUUCUCUGAGCUCCCUUCUUAGUCUAAACUUUUAAGCCAUUGCAACUUCUUUUUCUUCAGAGAUGAUAUUUGACAUUUUCAGCACUUCUUGUUCCUAGAAACCCAAAGAAUAUAAUCUUGAACACGAAGUGUUUGUAACAAGGAAUCCAGGCUACCAAUCAAAAAGGACUCAUUAUGGGGACAAAAUAAUAACUUCACCUUCUUUCCCCCCACACCUCAUUUAAAUAGGGGGGGUCAAAACGAUUUCAAUGUAAAUGCCUCAUUUUAGUUUCUUUUUUUAUUUAAUAUAAAGAGGCCAAAAUAAAUGCGGAGCAACUUCUUAGAAUAGUAUUCCUGUCCACACAUCAAGCCGGACAGCGGAAACUGGACAGCUGUGGGGAUAUUAAGCACCCCCACUUUCAAUUCUUAAAUUCAGAAUCUUGUCCCCUCCCUCCUCAUGGAAGGCAGUUGUUCUGGUAGCCAACUUUCUCCUGUGUAAUGGCAGGAGGGAACACCGGCUUCAAUUUUUCACGUCCCCGUGACUUGCAUACAAAUGGUUCAACUGUAUUAAAAUUAAGUGCAUUUGGCCAAUAGGUAAUAUCUAUACAAUAACAGUCUCUAAGAAUUUCCAUAACUUUUCUUAUCUGAAAGGACUCAAGUCUUCCACUGCAGAUACAUUGGAGGCUUCGCCCACGUUUUCUUUCCCUUUAGUUCGUUUGCUGUCUGGAUGGCCAGUGAGCCUGUCCCCUUUUCUGUGGCCAAUCUGAAGGCCUUCGUUGGAAGCGUUGUUUACAGUCAUCCUUACCAAGACAACAUACUGUCCUCCACACGUGGUAGGUGACACUAGCUCGAGCUGUUGUCUUCAGAGCAGUUACCAACAAUCUCGGUGCAUAGGUUUUCUCUGGUUCUUACAGGAACUACCUACUCUUUCAGUUACCUGGUCCAGGAGUGGGGUACAUCCUUGAGUCAGUGCAUUUGAACUUGAUACCUGUGCAUUCGGUUCUGUGAAGACUGCCCUUUUCUGGCGGGGUUUCUUCCUCUCCCCAGCCUGACUGCUCAACUCUCAAUCCAAAUUAGUGUCAGCCGAAAGGAGGUUUCCAGAUAGUCCCUGUCAGUAUUUGUGGUGACCUUCAGAUUAGAAAGUCUUCAUUUCCAGCCAGUCGAGUCCUGGCCCGAGCGCCAUCUCUGAGACUCGUACCACUGGAUGUUUUAAUAACGGAUCAUUACCACCAAACUUCCAGUCGUAUGCCUCCCACAGGCCAAGGGAAAACAGACACCAGAACUGGGGUUGAGGGCACUACCAGACUGACAUGGCCAGUACAGAGGAGAACUAGGGAAGGAAUGUUUUGCACCUUAUUGAAAAGAAAAUUUUAAGUGCAUACAUAAUAGUUAAGAGCUUUUAUUGUGACAGGAGAACUUUUUUCCAUAUGCGUGCAUACUCUCUGUAAUUCCAGUGUAAAAUAUUGUACUUGCACUAGCUUUUUUAAAACAAAUAUUAAAAAAUGGAAGAAUUCAUAUUCUAUUUUCUAAUCGUGGUGUGUCUAUUUGUAGGAUACACUCGAGUCUGUUUAUUGAAUUUUAUGGUCCUUUCUUUGAUGGUGCUUGCAGGUUUUCUAGGUAGAAAUUAUUUCAUUAUUAUAAUAAAACAAUGUUUGAUUCAAAAUUUGAACAAAAUUGUUUUAAAUAAAUUGUCUGUAUACCAGUACAAGUUUAUUGUUUCAGUAUACUCGUACUAAUAAAAUAACAGUGCCAAUUGCA